GUGCAAUAAAAUCAAUGUGGAGUGCGCAUUUGCAGUAAGCCAUGAAGUCGACCCCUCCUUUAUUUAUUAUACACAUGGAAGCAUUCGUGUCUCCAAACCAGACCUUCUCUUUUCCUUUUUCUUGCUCCAUCAUCUCUCUCUGCUGACCUCAACCUCCCUCCUCUCCUGCACAACCAUUUUAUUUUUUGUUUGCUUUUCUUGUCUUGAAUUCGGACAUGGCGUUGUCUUCUGCUUUUUUCACCUCUCAAGUCUGUGUCUCCUUCAAGGUAGAGCGCCAAAGAUUGGGCUGUAACACCUCGUGCAACAAUAUCAGAAGCCAAAGAUUUGGUCCUCUUCUUAGAAGCAAGAAGAAUGAAGUGUUUGGGCAAGCAUGGAGAAGUGGGUGCAGAGGCAUCAGUAAAUCGAAUGUUGGGACAAAAUGGUCAGCGGUGUAUGCUUCAUUGGUGCCAUGUUCUGAGAUUGCAAGUGGUGCUUUUACAUUGGGAACAGCAGCUGUUCUUCCAUUUUAUACCUUGAUGGUUGUAGCGCCUCAAGCUGAGUUUACCAAGAAAAUAGUGGCAAGCAGCUUACCUUAUGUGCUUCUUGGAGCAUUAUAUGCUUAUCUUCUGUACCUAUCGUGGACACCUGAUACGAUCCGUGUCAUGUUUGCAAGUAAAUACUGGUUACCCGAGCUGCCAGGUAUGGCUAAGAUGUUCUCCAGUGAAAUGACAUUGGCUUCUGCUUGGAUACAUUUGUUGACUGUAGACCUUUUUGCUGCAAGGUCCUCUCUCUCUCUCUUUCUCACUCAAUUCAUAUGCUGCUUGUGGCCAUUACUAAUUACCAUUCUAUUUCCAAUCUGCAGGCAAGUUUAUGGCGAUGGACUGCAGAACAAUAUAGAGACGCGGCAUUCUGUGUCUCUGUGUCUCCUAUUUUGCCCCGUCGGAAUUCUUGUCCACGCCAUUACUAAAGCUCUAACCACACCUACUAAGGAAAAGAUAGCCGAUGAAGAUGCCAUUUCUACUGAUUUCAUCAAGUGAUUCAUCUUACAUGUAUAAUGUGUUAUACAGAUACUAUUUACUAGCAUAUAGCAAUAGAGCAGCUUAGUUUAGUUUCUCAUCAGUUUGCAUUUCUAGUUUCUGACAUCAUGGAGGAAAAUACAAGACUUCUUCUUCAAGCUCUACAUCAAAUUGCCUCCACACAGCCUCCUUGGCCAACUCAAUGAGUCCAAGCAUGCCGCGGCAAGUUGCACCACCGCAGUUGAUAAAGAAGUUGGCGUGACAGCCCCUCCGACUCUGCAUCCUUUCAAGCCGGCCCUCUCAAUCAGCUGCGCUGCUGAAAACUCCGUCCCCUGCGGAUUACGGAACACUGAGCCAGCACUUCUCUCCCCCAAUGGUUGCCUGCAUCUCCUCCUAUAAACAUAAUUUAGUAUUGUACCAAUACUAAUAGAUUAUAUUUAUACCGUAUGGCACAAAUUGGCUACCUUUCCAAGUA